GGGCCCGCCCAACGCCUUCGCGCUUGCACGUGAUGCAUGGAUCUCGGCUCAGCGCCCGUUCGCUCCCUCUGCAGUUCAACGCCGUCACUCACCUCACCAGCCCAGUCCCCACCCGCCAACUGCCCACGACCAGCAAACCCCUCGGAAACACCAGGAAACCCACAGUCCAACGACAAUCCUCGAAUGCGCACCGUCUAGAGCGCCACAUACCCUCACUUUUGCGGAUUAUUCCGCGCAGAGCGCCAAGACCUCAUUACGAGCAGCGCUCUCACCACCAGCCUCACGCCCACCGCCUUCGAGUCCUGCACUGCCGCUCCUCUACUCGCAGUCUUCACGGCCUUCAUGUCGGAUCACAGCGCGAAACGUCAACGCUUGGACAACUCUGGAAGAUACUCGCCAGCCUCCCCACCCUUUGACGUCGCUGCCAAGGCGAGCGGCCAAACGACAAAGCCUAUUCAACCGCGCACACCGACUUCCCCUCCUUGUUCCUCGAUGAAUUCGCAGUUAAAUGGCCGCUCUGCCAUGACUGCGACCGCUGCGUCUCCGGGCAAGACCCCGCCAUCAUCCGCGACCAUGUCCCAGUCUGUGUCUCAGCCGGCGACAUCGGCCGCAGCCCAGCACCCGUUUCUCACACCCGCAAGCACCACAGGGCAUUCUUACUCAACGAACAUUGAUAGCGACGGCGAUGCGAUGAUGGAGGACGGCUCGGAAGAGACUGCACGGGGCCUGGGCAUCAACACACAUUCCAAUCACGACCGGCAAGGGCAGGCGCUAUUCUCGGAGAAGGGAGGGCUGAAGGCCGCAGAGGGCAUCAGUGGGAGUCUACUGUUUUUGAGUAGUGAGGAGACUUACGAGCAGUCAAGACCACAUGGCUCGCAAAAUCUUUUCCGGCUGUACGGCUUGGAGAGAUUAGCCAAAUCUGUGGCGCGAGUGGACCCAGUGACAGGCGAGAAGAUCAACAAACUCCGGAAGUCCUACGAAGGUCACAUCAAGACACUGCAGAUUGCGGGCAAGCCGAAAGCGGUGAAGAUGGACGAUGUGUUCAGCGGUCCGGUAGGCCUGCCAGAUGACCAUUGGGACGCGAUAAAUGCUGGGAAAGAGCCGUGGAGGAAAAUGAACGCCGAGCAGACUGCUCUCGAGCCGGACUUCAGCAGUCUCCUCGACAGUGCAUUUGGCGGUAUGGGCCCCGGUGCACUGCCACCGUCCGACGCCUCGAAGUACAAAGCAUACAUCGGCACAGACGACACUCUCCGCGCGAAACCUGCUGCCGACACACAGGCUCGGACACCGCUCCCAUCAUCGGCGCCGACACCGAACAGUCAUGCGUUACCGCGACGGCCAGAGAGAUCAGGUUCGAAACGACAGUACAACGAGGACUCCUACCAAGGCUACAGCGAAGGCUACGGAGACGAUUUUGCGACAGACUCGACAGGCGAAGAUGGCGCACGAGGAAGCUUCAAGAGGCGGAAGACACAAUUUGAACGCACAGCACACUCAGUCGAAGUGGGUGGUGCGCGGCGGUGACACAACGCCUGAUUUUGAUCUUUUCGCACGUUCGACAUUAUAGAGCAUUGGGCUUUGGAUUUCCCCAGCAGGCGUUACACAGGCGCAUUUGACACUAUACUCCACGUUCACAAGAAAAAUGGGUCACGAGAACAGACCUUACACACUACGCUGGGCAGGCAACCAGGACGACGGCCGACACGAUCACCGAGACGCCACUACGACGGCCGACCAAGAUGUCCACGCCCAUGCAUCAUACACAACUUCACUUCAACUUCUAAUGCACAGCGAUGCAGGUAUGAAUCAUUCCUACAAACACAUAUGGGGUACAUCCG